ACGUCAGGCAGCGACGACGACGUCAGCGGCGGCGGCGGCAGCGACGACAGUGUAACAACAACAAUGGCUGCAGCAGCUGUCAGUGGUGUGGUGGUGGUGGUUUUAUUGGUCGUGUUGAGCUGGUGCUCAGUGGUGCCCACCUCCCUGGAGGUUAUGAUGGAGGAGGAGCUGAGGCAGCGCAUCUCUGAUGACAGCUUCCUGGUGGUGCUCUUCAGUGACAGCAGUGAAUGUACUGGGAAAUGCAAGGAACUGGAGGAUACUCUGGCACUCAUAAGAGAGGAUAUUGUGGAGGUGUUUAAUGCUUGGGUUGUACGCAGUCACUCGCCAUCCCUUGCUGAACAGUAUGGCCUGAGCAGCAAGAAAAUGGGAACAGGUGUUGUUUUCAUUCGCAAUGGAAUCCCCUUACUGUACAGUGGCCCUGCGGAUGAUGAUGAAUUUAUGUUGGACUACUUAAUUUCCAACCCGGAGUCUGCAGUUCACCAUUUAACUGAUGGUAACUUUGAGCAUUUAACUCAGGCUGCAACUGGAGCCACAACUGGAGACUGGCUAGUGAUGUUCACUCGUUCAGACUGUGGCACUUGUACUCAGUUGCAGGCAACUAUUGAGGCAGUUGGUGCCAAUUUGAGAAACAAAAAAAAUGUAGCAGUCAUGAACCGUGACAGUGAUGGUGGACAAACAACACGAAGAUUUGGUGUAAAAAAAUUUCCUUCUUUCCUUUUGUUUCGUCAAGGUCGUCUGUUUCGUUACACCUUGCCUGGUAUUGAUGUUGGCUCCCUUACAUCAUUUGCUCAAGAAGGUUUCAGAAAUGCUCGAGCAGAGGAAAUUCCACAUCCAAAGACACCUUUUGAUGACUACACUGAAUGGUGUGCAGACUGGUUACAUGAAAACCCAAGUGCUAUAUAUGUAGCCUGCAUUGUGAUUAUUGUCGUUAUUAUAGUUGUAGUCAUUUCACUAAGGUCUUCAUCGGCCUCUUCCAAGAAGGUGAGCAAGAAGAAAAAGUAACCUCUGUGAAAAGCCAUUUAUUAAGCCCUCCCAAUCCCUUUCCUUCAAUGUAAAUGUAUGUACAACUUUGCUGUAGGCUCGACUCUUGUAUAUUUCAUACACAAAUAUUUGACAUUGUUACAACAAGUUUUGAUAUUAAAUGUUGAGCUUAGGGAUAUUUUUUAUAGCAGCUAAAUAAAUUGUCACAUGCAAUGAAUAUGUACUAUUUAUGUUGGAAAAUAAUUUUGAAUCCUCUUUAUAGAGGAUUUUGAGCUAUAGUAUUUUAAGGGCAAGUUUGUUAACACUCUUCUGUGAUGUUCUAAAUGUAAUACUGUACUGUACUCUUUACACUAUUAACCAGGUGAGUAUGUUAAAUUGUUUGAAAUAGAAUACAGUACCUGUAUAUUUAGGGCACUAAUCUUUGUGGGGUUUCCAAAAAUGAAUUAACCUUUAAAUUCCCAUUAGAACCCAGUGGUAAAACUGCUUAAUUUUGUUCAUUUCUUUCGUUUUUUCCAAAAUAAAAUACAUUAAAUGAAAUGUA